UUUUUAAUUUUAUUUCAGUAAUUGAACAAUGUCGCAUGAAAUACGAUGGAACAAGACGAAGCCCUUGGAAUGAAAUUGAAUGUGGUGAUCACUACACUCGAGCAAUGGCGGCAUUUCUGUAUUUUGAAAUUGCUUCAGGAAUGGUAAGAGAUUGAGUACGCAUGUGCCAGUGAUAUUAUAGGCAGCUCAAAAAUGCGUGUUGAACAUUUUUACCCUCGCGCAUGGCGCUCGGGCGUGCAUCGAGUCUACCUUGUUUAUUAUUAUGACAUGGUUGGCAAGACUUUUAACGGAAGUUUAUUAUGUUUACUAGAGUAUGAAUAUUUCGAAAAUUACAAGCAAAAACAAUAUAAAAUAUACAUCAUUUCAAACACUGGUAAUUUUACUACAUUCUCCCAAAGUUUUCAACUUCAAAAGUUCAUUAUAAGGAUUUUAAAAAAGCGAAUUAUUUUCGGGGGUUCUGCAAAAUUUUGUCAAAACGAUGUUGAGGUCACCUAGUCAACGAUAACGUCUUCAGCAUUACAUGCACUGAUGUCGUUUUCUUAUUGUACAUUACCUUCUGUUUAGACAUGGGACAUUCUUGCUAUUGGUAACCCUGCGAUAAAACUCAACUUUGCUCCGAUAGACAAUAGGGAAAAUUUCAAAAGUUUCUUUAUUGUUGGAUCUGGUUGGGGAACAUACACUCAGACAAUCAGCGGAGGUAGUGCAAAUGUUCAGGUAAUACUUUUUAAUAUUGGUUGAUGGUCCCUUAAUGGUAGCGGUAGUAGAAGUCAAAUCUGAACCUCUGUAGUAUUUGUGGAUUGGCAACAGUAAAACAGGAAGCCACGUGAUAUGCAACAUUUGCAGCCUCGUGAACUGGCCGGAUUGUGAUUUUUUUAAGCUUCUAAAUUCACCGCUGAUUGGCAUAUUAUAACCCAGGUUAAACUUUUUAGUAUUUAUAAAUUCAAGUUUCUUUUUAUAUAUUUUGAAAUCCAUAUCCCUAGUUUUAUAGCUUUUGAAAUAUUUUUGCAUCGGUUGAAAAAAUCUGGCUUUCGUGCCACCCGUUGUAUGCAUGCAGUCAAAAAUUUCUUACCCACCAUACUAUAUAUGCAAAGUUAUUUGAAAAGCGUAAUAUAUAUGAAAACCUUAUUUGAAAACCGUUAUUGAGAGUAAAAUUUGUUACUUGCAGCUGUGUGUCAUUUAUGGAGAUGUUGAGAUUGCAGCACUAGGACUGGCGAUGGACUUCCCAACGCAUGCCAAAGCAGUACUUGAAGGCGAAAUUAGGACAACUCUUACUAAGGUUCAGUGAAAUCAUAGCCUGCGUAGCAGGCGCUUUAUUUUGUCAUAAACAUUUUUAUAUUAUCAUAAAUAUGGGCCCACCCGAAUGUACCCCCCCCGUCUAUAAGCCUAACCAUAUUUAUUAACGCUCAGGCCAUUCCGAAUAUUUAAGCCCUUCCGUGUAUAAGGCUAUAAGCUCAUGGGCUUAUUAUUGGACAACGGCUCAAACUAGUGACGAUAAUUACAUUACAGUAUUAUAAUAUGUUAACCAACUUGUUUUAUUAUGUUGUAUAUGUGAGUGGUUCAAGUAAAAACGAACGUUAUGUACAGUAUACGGAACAUGACGUUUUUACUAUUUCAUAAUUAUACUGUAUGUUUAUAUUUCUUUUUGGUCAUCAUGUACAAUAUUACUAACACCAAAUGUCGUCCGUAUGCUUACGAACGAAUGUAAACCCAGGGCUUAUAUUCGGAGGUUUACGGUAUUCUUGCCAGGCUUUUGCCGCACCAGAUGAUUGAUGGACGAAGUUGAUCCGCCAAAUAAAUUGCACCAUUCAUUCUAAGCAUGUUUUCGCACGCCAUUUUGCAUUACUUCGCAUAUAGAAAUCUCUUUGUAUACUGCAUGUUUUAUUAAUAUAUUUUAUUUUUGAGAGGCUUUCUAUUGACAGUAUAUAUUGUAUUUUUUAUAGGAAAAGAAUAAAAUAGUCCUGCGUUUCCCAGACGCCCCUGUGCAAUCUUUCCCCUCGGGUUCAGAACAUGUUCAGACAGUGAAGUCUGGAGAAACACUGCAAAUAACGUUAUCUAAAUAGUAAGGUAUGAUAUGGUGAAACACUAAACAGCAAGAGUAGAUUUAGACUUUCCCAAAGUCCUUUCCACAAGUCUAGAGUAGAUGCAAUAAUAAUUGUAUAUCGUACUGUAGCUCUAAAAUUGACACCGUAUUCUUGUAUAAGUGCACGAUAUAUCUUUGUUCAAUUAGCUGUCAUUUGAUCAUGUUGAGUCGAUUGCACAAGAUGUGAGAGGCUCAAGUGCUCGACAAGCAUGUCCUAUAAGGGUUGGUUUUUGAUUAGGAAGAGCUGGAAGACCCGGCGAUCGAAGCACAGGACACAGCCUACCAAACACAAGCUUACCAAUUGAGAAGUUACGUAUCCUACAUCAGAGUGAUCAGACCUACAAUAGCAGGCUUAAAUCAGAGGUAUCCCCAUGGUCCCCUUCAUUCUAUGUGGCUGUGUUUUACCGCAGGUUACACAAAUGCCGAAUCAAAGGCGUAUUCCAGACACAAAGAUCUGCAUUAUACCAGAUUCCACCAACUUUAGAUAACUCGCAUGCCUAGUUAUCUAGUUUGCAGAAGCUUAUACACCCUUUUCAUAAAUGGCUGCCGAUUAAAAAUUCUUUUAUGUGCAUAUAAAUUGGCCCAACUGGCCUCGUUUCUGGGUAGAAAUUCCUUUGAAAUCUUAACAUGAGUACGAGGCUAGUUGGGCCAAUUUAUAUGCACAUAAAAUAAUUUUUAAUCGGCAGCCAUUUAUGAAAAGGGUGUAUAGAAAGGCAACUAAGCUUUAGAAUUAUCUACAUGGAUGAAUAUCUCUUACACCUAAUUCCAAUGCUUAUAUACAGGGUGUCUCAAAAAAUACCAAAAUCAUUGAAAUUGACGUAUUGUUCGAUAUUCAAUGCCCUAGCACUAAGUUAAUCCCACGAGUGCAUAAAAGAUUGACAUAACUGCUAUAAUGAAUGGUAAUACUCAGCGUAAACUUGUUAUGUCAGGCAUAAAGUACUAAACCCACGAAUGCAUAUUACGCAUAUUACAAUUUACGAAGCAUUUUUAAAUUCCCAUGAGCAAACAAACGUUCACUUUACAAAGAUAUUUUAAUUUUUAAAAACAAAUUAAUCACCCUGUCAAAAUCCUUUGUGUUACGGCAUUGAAAUUCGAACAAUACGUUAUUUCAAUGAUUUUGGGUUUUUUUGAGACACCCUGUAGUGUCGAGCUUUGCUCUACUCUGUGCUUCUGUAAACGACAACAAUAGUAACUCUAGGCCUGUGAGUUAUCUAAAGUUGUGAACUGGGUAGUAACGAUGUAAAUAACGUUUGUCCAAAUUUGUUUAUAAAAAAAACGUUGCGUUUUUUUUAUACACCCUGUAUUAGCAAUUCGAUUUCAAUUCCCAGGGGCCUAAAAUCUUUUAUGCUUAAUUAAGAAUUGCAAAGUGGAUUUCUUAGGAAAUUCCAAGGUUGCGUUUUUUUUAUACGCCCUGUAGAUCAUAUAUUACUGUUGUUGUACUGUACUUGUAAAAUAAAAACUUAUUAAGUGUCAUUAAAUAAAUGCAUAAAUUGUGCUUUAUGCACUCGCGUGUGCAGUAGUUUUGACAGUUGUGCUAUUUUAAAUUCCCAGGCCCCUAAAAUCUUUUGUCCUUAAAACAAUGUCGAUUUCUUGGGAAAUUCCGAGGUUGCGUUUUUUUUAUACACCCUGUACAUGAUCAUAAAAAUGAGUAUGCAUGGUGUGGUUGCCUACUUCACAGAGCCUCGUGAUGCAUGUGCUCGACAACCAGCCUCGUGAUGCAUGUGCUCGACAACCAGCCUCGUGAUGCAUGUGCUCGACAACCAGCCUCGUGAUGCAUGUGCUCGACAACCAGCCUCGUGAUGCAUGUGCUCGACAACCAGCCUCGUGAUGCAUGUGCUCGACAACCAUGCAGGCUCGUGAUGCAUGUGCUCGACAACCAGCCUCGUGAUGCAUGUGCUCGACAACCAGCCUCGUGAUGCAUGUGCUCGACAACCAGCCUCGUGAUGCAUGUGCUGGACAACCAUGCAGGCUCGUGAUGCAUGUGCUCGACAACUAAGGCCUGAAGGUUAAUUUUUGGUAAAGGGAAAAAUAUAAGGAUCCAGAGGAAGACCUCGCAGCAAACCAACCAAACUCUACUUCAUUCAGUGGUGGAUCCAGCAAAGUUUUUUUGGGGGGUGCUAACCAAUGGCGAAACAAGCGCCGAAGGUGUGAGAUUUCUAGGGUGGUCCGGGGGCAUAUUACCACGGAAAAUUUUUAAAAUUUGGGUCUCUGAAAUGGCAUUUCCAGCAUUCUGAGAAAACAUUCUGGAAAAUUUUUAGAUUCUCAAAACAUUUAAAAAUUCAGAAUAUUUAAUAUUGGCUAUUCCACUAUUGUCAACUAGUGAUACCCAACUGAAUUCCUUAACAUAAGUUGGUUAGAAUUAGGAUAAACAUCAUUUUUGCACACCCCAUGCACCCCUGUUGACCAGAGCCUGGGGGGGGUGCCCUCCCCCCCCCUAAAUCCACCACUGACUUCAUUAAGGUUUUAAGUACAUGGCAGAUAGGUGAAUUACUUAGGUUGAGUUACUUGGGUACCAUCGAGAGGAUAUCGAGCAAACCACAUCUGCCAUCGGUGACUGUUGUUUCUAAGUUGAAUAAUCAAGGCCAAGAAAAAUAGUGGAGUUGUUCAAGAGCAUUUAACUUCACUUUUCUUUACAGUAUUUUUUAUGCUUAAUAAAAUCCCCCCAAGGCAACCCCAAAUUGUAUGAGACAGUGAGUAUAAGAGCGUUCAACGCGCAAUAACGUAAAUAUUUACUGAAGAAAUGAAGUUAAACCCCUCUCUUCUUUGCUCGUACUAAUUUUGCUUCGUUUUAUUUUGUCAGAUAACCAUGCUACACACUUGUCACACUAAUGGCGUGUAUAAAUAAACAUACAAUCCUUGUUGCGGAGAAAUCGUGGUGCGAUAUAGUUUUGAUGAAUAAUUAGUGACGAUUCAAUACUCCUAUCCUGCGAGCAGGCUCUCUACUCCGCGAUCAGUUUACUUUCAGUAAUUGUAUAUAAUUAUUAUGCUUUGAUUUAUAUACUCGUAUAGAACUCUAUAAUAAUAGGACGUCUGUAAGUGAUUUACUACAGAAACUAAUUUAAUGUGAAAAUUCCAUAGAUAUCUUAUAUACACUAGAUAGCGCAUCUCUUUUAGUAAAAUUGAAGCCACGAAUAUUCCAGCGGUUACCCCCAUUUGAAUAGGUGGCGGCCAUGUUGGUAGUUCCCACCAUAGAUAUCUCGAUAUCUAUGGUUCCCACUCGCUAAUAAACGCAUAAAAAACAACAACAACUUUCAUCAUUUGAAUAAUUUGAAAAUGUAUUUGGAAUAGGUUUAACUUAAUGUUUAAGUUCCCUGUUUAAGAAAUAGAAAACAUACGAGGCUUCUCAUUUCAUGGGAAUACCCUGAGUCUGCAAUCACGGCUUCAAUUUCUGAAUGGCAGAAUAAAAUUAUAAUAAUAAUAUAUAAUAUAAUGAAUUUGUCACUUUAUACAUGAUGACAAAUAAAGACAGAUACAAAUCGUGACAGGGGAAAGGAACAGGACUCUCGUCCCAAUUGACACCUAACCCCUAAAAUUAGAUGCACUAUCUAGUGUAUAUAAGAUAUCUAUGGAAAAUUCUAAAAUUUAAGAUUUCUAUAGCCUCAAUUUACAUGCAUGUAUAUGGAUAUGAUCAAAUGCUUUAUGUCAAAUGUUACGCUACAUAAUUACUUAGCCUAGACUAUUUUAUGUUUUACAACAAGCGAGCCUUAUCAGCACAAUACAAUAAUCUUUAUUUGUAUCCAUUUUUUUUCAUAAAUUAUUUUAAAAUAUUUAGGGUGUUCGAUAAUUAUUAAAGAUACUUGCUUUCGGCAAUAACCAUAGGGCUAAAAAUGCCUGAAAGAAAAUUUCAAAGUUUUUAAACAUAUUUCAGAUCUGGGUAGUGGGUAUUAUCAUGGACUUACUGUAAAAAUAGAAAAGAAAAAGAAACUGUACAUGCACACAUGUAUGCAGUACAUUAUUGGCUUACACACACAAAUAUUUUAAAUGACUGUUGUCUUUCUCAAUCUAUUAAACAAACAAGUACAAUAUAUCAAUAUUGGUCAAGAUAUGACCGUUUUACAUUUGUAAAGCUUGUUGAACUUUAAAGCUCUCAUCAAUUGAAUUCCAUAUUUUGGGACCUGGAACCUAAAUUUAAAAAUUCUCUAAGGCCAGGGUCAAACGUCGAACUUUUCAUGUGCCGACAGGGGCGUAGGAACCGGGG